AUCGGCGGGCGCGCUCGCCCCCCCUCGCCGGCGUUGUGGCCAGAGUGCGCUGGAGCCAAUGGGAGCGGCGAGGAGCUCGCGCGGGGCUGGGAGCAGCUUUGAUUAGUGCUUGGCUGUUGCCUUCCUGAGUGCUCCCUAGGAAAGUGACGAUGAUCACCUUCAUGAACAACUCGGACAGUGAGGAGGAGGCCUGCAAUGAGAGAACAUCGCUGAUGUCUGCAGAGAGCCCUCCAGUACCCUCCUAUCAGGAUGGCCUGCAAGCUUCAGAAGCAGGGGAAGCGCAGGCACGUAGGAAAAGGCGAACAGGUAGCAACCGUAGCCCUAACAAUAUUGCUGAUGGGGAAAUGUCUGACUCGGGUGUUCCAGUGAGAGAAAGCGCCUUGGAAAAUGAAGAGGAGGAACUGACUCUGAAAUAUGGAGCAAAGCAUGUAAUCAUGCUCUUUGUGCCUGUCACGCUUUGUAUGAUUGUUGUCGUCGCCACCAUAAAGUCAGUGCGCUUCUAUACGGAGAAAAACGGGCAGCUGAUCUACACCCCUUUCAGUGAGGAUACCACGUCUGUGGGCCAGCGCCUCUUGAACUCGGUGUUGAACACCAUCAUAAUGAUCAGUGUCAUUGUUGUAAUGACUGUGUUCCUAGUUCUGCUCUAUAAAUAUCGCUGCUACAAGUUCAUCCAUGGCUGGCUGAUCCUGUCCUCUUUGAUGCUGCUCUUCCUCUUUACCUACAUAUAUCUCGGUGAAGUACUGAAGACAUACAAUGUGGCCAUGGACUACCCCACUCUCUUCUUAGUCAUCUGGAAUUUUGGAGCUGUUGGAAUGAUUUGCAUCCACUGGAAAGGUCCCUUGCAGCUCCAGCAAGCGUAUCUCAUUAUGAUUAGUGCUCUAAUGGCACUGGUUUUCAUUAAGUAUCUACCUGAGUGGUCAGCAUGGGUGAUUCUAGGUGCAAUCUCCAUCUAUGAUCUGAUGGCUGUUCUCUGUCCCAAGGGGCCACUGAGAAUGCUGGUAGAAACUGCACAGGAGAGAAAUGAGCCCAUUUUCCCCGCAUUAAUAUAUUCCUCUGCCAUGAUGUGGACAGUUGGAAUGGCAAAGCCAGACACGGCAGCAAGAGGACUGAGUCAGCAGACGUGGGAUGCAGCUGAAGAUGGGAGAGAGAACCACAGGAGCCCUUCACAUGCAGACUCUCAGAUGUCGGAGACGAGGAGUCCUGUUCCAACCCGCCCUAUCACUUCUUUAGAAGAGCUCGAGGAGGAGGAAAGGGGUGUGAAGCUGGGCCUUGGAGACUUCAUAUUUUACAGUGUGCUUGUUGGGAAGGCAGCUGCUACAGCUAGUGGAGACUGGAAUACUACGCUGGCAUGCUUUGUAGCCAUUCUCAUAGGUUUAUGCUUAACUCUUCUAUUACUGGCUGUUUUUAAGAAAGCAUUGCCUGCUCUUCCCAUCUCCAUCACCUUUGGCUUGGUCUUUUACUUCUCGACGGACAACCUUGUUCGACCAUUCAUGGACACCCUGGCCUCCCAUCAGCUGUAUAUUUAGAAGAAGUGGGAGUUAGAGGAUUCUCCUUAAAGUUUUGCUGUGAACUAUGGUACACUGUUUGGAGUAAGUCAUAAAGUUUUACACUUAGUGCCAUAUAUUUCUAAGGAAAACACUAACUCUGUGACAUAAUGGGUACUGAAAAAUCCAAUAGUUACAUGUUGAACUGAGAUUUUUCACAGGACUCUUGGACUCCAGUGAAAACCGUGGCUCAUUGCUGAUGUCAGAGCAUUACUUUUAUGUUAUUUGAUGUGCAAACUGGCUGUUGCAAACACAGAAAUGUUUAUGUAGCAUGUGACACUAGAGAGGUGAAGGGUCUGAUCUGUGCUUCCAGAAGCCAAGGUGUUUUAGCCCUGGAAUUGCAGUCAAGUUUAACUGUAUUCCAGAGUUUCUCACACUUUUGAAGUGGUGUGGAGACAUGUGGUGCAAGUAAAUCAUACCUGUAAUUAGAAAAGCAUAGCAGCCAGCAUGCACGGAACAGAGUAGUGCGUUACACCUGGUCAUGAGCAUUAGAGAAGUGAGGCUGAACUUCGUAAGCUGGCCUCCGGGCACACGACUUCUGUUGGAAUUGCCCCAAAUGCCUUUUUCUUCUGACCUUAGACAUAGUGAGCCAUGACGGAUCUAGACAGGAUGUCAGUGGUGGGAUGUUUAAACAUCAGGCUCCUGGUUCUGAGCGUAUCCACCACUGCAGGUAACAGCUGAUGAAGGCAAAGCUGCCUGCUCUAGCGCAUCAUAUCCUCAACGUGGGAAAACAGAUACUUUUUUCCUGUCUCCUCCCAGCAUUUUAUCUUUUUGGAAAUCUUUUUCUGGGUCCAUGAUAGAAUCCUCAUAUCGCCAUAAAGUGGAAAUUACUGCACAACUCCAGUAAAUCAGACCUGUGACUUCUUGUGUGUAUUUCUGGUCUCAUUUCUGUGCAUUAUUUUAACUAUUCCAAAGGAGGAUUUACCUUCCCUUUAUGAAGAGGUCCUCUUACACUGAUUGAGACUUGGUUUACCUAGCUUUUGGUACUGUUUAAAGAUUAUUUUUUAAUUACAAAUUUUAAAAUAGGUAUUUGCUGUCAAAGGGACUGUUGGAAAUACCCUGUCAUAGUUUGUAUCAAAACGGGGUGUGUGUGCAAACUUUAAUCAGCUGUUAUGUUAUUCUGCAUAAGGCAUCGUUAAUGCUAGGAAUAUUUACACACCCUCGAGUGAAUUAAUUUAAAAAAAAAUCACAGUGCUUGUUGACAAUAAAAAAUACAGAUUUGACUGAACCUUACUGUUUUCUCCACCGUUUAAAAUAAUUUUACUUCUACUCCAAGAGUGAGUUUUUCAGAAAUAGCCAAAUUACAUGUUUGGUUUUUUUUUCCUUGAGUAGCUCUGUUACACAAACAUGCUCUGUUUUAUCUGACAGCUGAUCAAUAUCUGUGUUUCAAAAUGUAACAUUAUGCAAGGUUUUGUGAAUAAUGCAAUGUCAUUGAGAGAUCCAGAAUUUAAUCUCUACAAAUACUUUUUUAGAUAAUGCUUUGAACUACGCAUUUUUAAGGUGGUGCUUUUUUCAAUAGACUUGUUCAAGCUAAUCUACUUUGAUAUUUAACAGGGACCUCACACAGGUGAUUCAAACAAAUUUUUAAAAAGCACAUAAGGGUUUUUUACAAGUUGCAUGUGCCUCAGUUGGGACAAGUAAUUAAUUCUUGCUCUUUGUUUUCUGUCCUCAUUUCUUACAUUUGCAAUGUUUGGACUUAACAGCUGCAGACUAAAAGGUAUUUCCUUUGGAAACGUAAAUCACUAGAGCUCUGUCUGCUGUUUUUUAAGUUUUAUGUGAGAAUUCAUUUUUCUGUUUGUUUAGGAUUAUUUUUUUUUUUUUAAACUAAACCAGUUAAGGGGCCAAGUCAGCAUACAGUCACUUGGAAACAUGAUUUUACUGUGUGAAUUGCAUGGUGUAGAGAGGAUGUGAAAGAUUUAUACAUACUGGAAGAAAAAUCCUGCUUGGUUUAACAGGGUUGUAGCAUAUUGUUAGAAAAAAAAUUGUUUCUAUGAAAGCAGAGUUGAAAUCUGAAGGAAAUUGGGGGGUACCUUCAAAUAUUGAAGGAUCACUACUGGAGCUGGUGGUUUUCUGCAGAUUUGUGCUUGCCAAAGAUUGGCCUUCCACCAUGCAGUUCUGUGUAACUUAAAAAUUGUUAUUUAAAAGGCAACUGCGCAACAGAUUCUGUCAGUGCAACAAAAUGUAUUGUCCUGGUGAGUGAUAGGAAUAUAUCAUGUAUAUACUGGAGUGGUUUUAAUUGUGUAAAAGUUCGUAUGUAUUUACUACAAAUAAUAUAUAUUCAUUUUGUGUAUAUGCACACAUA